CUUCGAACAGUUUCGGGCCGCUAUGAACGCUCGAAUUUUGUUCGCGAAAUAAUUUCUUUGUUUAAUUUCUUCCUCGUUAUAUCGCGAUAAAUGUGAAAGAGUUUUCACAGGAAGUACAGUAAUUCGGGCAAUUGACAAUUAUGUGACGUUAGUAAAAAAUGUCAAAAAGACAGUAAAAGUUCCUUACCUUUUGAUAAAUUAGUUGUAAUUCUAAUAGUUAAACAAAUUACAAUUCCAAAACUGUCGAGUGGAGUAUUGGUCACCAAUAAAUUAGCUCAACUGUUAUACCAUAUCAGACAACAGUUAUUUUAAUCUGAAUAGAUACAAUUAUCUUACUAGAAUAGUACACUCUCUGAAAAAAAAUUGAACAAAUUAUGUUAAUUUGUGAUUAUAUGUUUAUGUUUAUAUUGAUAAUACCGUAAGCUUAUUUUAUAAACAUUAUAAAAUUUCUUGCAUUAUUUCACUUUUAAAAAUUGAUUUUGCUUUGAAGGUUAUAAAAUAGUUUCUUAUAUUAUUUUACUUUUGAAAGCUCAUUUUGUUCUGAAGAUUAUGAAACAAUUUCUUGUAUUAUUUUACUUUUAAAAUUCUUUUUGUAGUGUGUUAUAUCGCAUCAUAUUUUUAAUAUAUUCUAAACUCAUUUCCAAUUAUGUUAUAUAAAAUUGUCUUAUAAUGUUGUUCUAGAUCAGUUCAUUAUCUUUCUAUGUAUUACUUUUUUGGAACUUUUGGUAAUAUUUUCUAAAUAACUUUUUAAAUAAAUAAAACUUGUUUGAGUUGUUUAAUUUAUUCCUCGUAUUGUAUUUUUUUUUUAUUUCUUUUAUUAUUCCUAUAUCUUUUAUAAAACUUAUGAAACAUUUAUAUUGAUGAUAUUAUUUUCGAUUUUAUUGAAAAAGUAAACAUAAUAAUAGUUUUGCCGGAAGAUGUUAAAAAAAUUUUUAGAUUUUUGAAUAUGAUUGUACAGUUGUUAUCGGCUUAUGUUAAGUGAUAACAGGAAUCGAAAAAGAGAGUUUCAUUCGUGUUUCAGCUAGGUGUUCAGAAGUCAUUUAGAAGUUGAGUUCUACGUCCAAAAGUUUUACGAUAUCUUUGUUCGUUUUGCCCUGCGAUAUUUGAUUUAUACGCUUGAUAGAAAUAAAUAUUCAACUUAAAGUGAAAUUUGAGUUAAGGAAUCUUUGGAGAUUUAUUAUUUAUUUCAAUUAAUAAUCUUUUUGUUGUGUAAUACGAUCAAAGAGAUUUUUUUUUUUUUUAGAAAUACAUUCAGAAAAAAAUUUAAUAAUUACGGAAGAAAUAAUUUUUAA